CUCUUUAAAAAAAUCAAGAAUUACCAUGGAAAACUCGAGAACCGCCCUAAGAUUACAUUGCUAUCACAUGUCAAUCGAACUCCUCCGUACAUCACCCACGCAAAGCCGAAGUUCAAAGUACCCACUUCAAUCAUCGUCACCAAAGGCUUAAACUCAAACUCACACCCUCUUUCCGCUGAAAGUGGCUCACGGUGACCAAUGACGAUGGCUUUUUUCACUAAACAAACAUAAACCCACCUGCCAGUCACCCUCUACUACGUGAUUUACAUCACAUAUAUUAUUGACUGGCCCCCACACUUUAUAGUACGUGACAAAGGUUUCACAGGUUCCUUGUAUUUACACUCUCAGAAGUGAGGUAGUUUCUUUCACGUUUUUUGAUUUCCUGAAGUGGGUGGUGGUGAUAAUUCUGAGGGUGUAAACACAAAACCCACCGUAGUGCCUCCCUGGAUUUGUAUUUGUGAUCAUUGAAAAUGUCUGCACCCAAUGUUGAUGUGUCUCAGAAUGGAAAUAUAAGAACAAUCGAUUCCCUAUUUACUGUUGCUGAAUUUGAUGAAAGUGAUUUCUCAAGAUUAUUAGACAGGCCAAGGCCUCUGAAUAUGGAGAGGAAAAGAUCAUUUGAUGAAAGGUCGCUUAACGAAUUAUCUAUUGGGAUGUCCCCACCACCCCCAUCCAGAACUGCCGAGUACUCUUGCCGAAUAAAUGACCAUCUUGAAUAUAUGUUUUCACCUGGUAGACGGUCAGGUUAUAAUACUCCAAGGUCACUCAUGGGAUUUGAGCCACAUCCAAUGGUUGCAGAAGCUUGGGAAGCUUUGAGGCGGUCAUUGGUGCAUUUCCGUGGUCAACCAGUUGGGACAAUUGCUGCAUUGGACAAUUCUGAUGAAAAACUAAACUAUGAUCAGGUCUUUGUGAGAGACUUUGUUCCAAGCGCAUUGGCUUUUUUGAUGAAUGGAGAACCCGAAAUAGUAAGAAAUUUUCUUUUGAAGACUCUUCGCCUUCAGUCAUGGGAGAAAAAGAUUGAUAGAUUCCAGCUAGGAGAAGGUGUAAUGCCUGCUAGUUUCAAAGUACUACAUGAUCCAGUCAGAAACAGUGAGACUUUAAUAGCAGAUUUUGGUGAGAGUGCAAUUGGAAGAGUUGCUCCAGUUGAUUCUGGAUUCUGGUGGAUUAUAUUGCUUCGGGCAUACACAAAAUCUACAGGAGACACUUCCUUGGCUGAACUGCCUGAAUGCCAGAAGGGUAUGCGCUUAAUUCUGAGCUUAUGUCUUUCAGAAGGGUUUGACACUUUCCCGACUCUUCUCUGUGCCGAUGGAUGCUGUAUGAUUGAUCGAAGAAUGGGUGUUUAUGGAUAUCCUAUUGAAAUUCAAGCACUUUUCUUCAUGGCUUUAAGAUGCGCUUUGGUUUUACUUAAGCAAGAUGUUGAAGGGAAGGAGGUUGUAGAACGAAUAGUUAAACGCCUUCAUGCCUUAAGCUAUCACAUGAGAAGCUAUUUUUGGCUAGACUUGAAGCAGCUUAAUGAUAUAUAUCGAUAUAAAACAGAAGAAUACUCACACACAGCAGUCAACAAGUUUAAUGUAAUACCUGAUUCUCUUCCAGAUUGGGUUUUUGAUUUUAUGCCCGUUCGUGGUGGUUACUUCAUUGGGAAUGUCAGUCCCGCAAGAAUGGAUUUCCGUUGGUUUUGCUUGGGCAAUUGCAUUGCUAUAUUGUCAUCCUUGGCAACCCCUGAACAGUCCACAGCAAUUAUGGAUCUUAUAGAAUCACGGUGGGAGGAAUUGGUUGGAGAAAUGCCACUAAAGGUUUGUUAUCCAGCAUUAGAAAGUCAUGAUUGGCGUAUCGUAACAGGAUCUGACCCAAAAAAUACAAGAUGGAGUUACCACAAUGGUGGAUCUUGGCCAGUGCUAUUAUGGCUUCUCACUGCAGCAUGUAUCAAGACUGGACGACCCCAGAUUGCAAGACGUGCCAUUGAACUUGCUGAAACCAGGUUGCUAAAAGACAGCUGGCCUGAGUAUUAUGACGGAACGCUUGGUCGAUUUAUUGGGAAGCAGGCACGUAAAUCCCAAACCUGGUCCAUUGCUGGUUACUUGGUGGCAAAGAUGAUGCUUGAAGACCCAUCUCAUUUGGGCAUGAUAUCACUUGAGGAAGACAAACAAUUGAAGCCUGUGCUCAGAAGAUCAAAUUCAUGGACUUUCUAAUGCUAUUUAUCUUCUUCUUUUUUUAAUUUUUCUUUGUCCACCUGGCCUGUUCAGUAAGGAUAGUGGCAGAUUGCUAAUUGAAGCUUAAUACAAUUUCCUUUUUAGCUUUCAGGUUCCCACCAAUAAAGCCUUUGUAGUAUGUACUAUUAGUUCUUUUGCUUGACUAUAACUGCUAUAGAAUAGUAAUUCCUUCUCCAUA